CCGCUCUGCCCAAUCAGCGCGCGCCAGAGCCACGAGUGACGGCAGAAGCAGCCAAUCGCAGCCAGCGGCGGGCUCUGCACACGGCACGGCCUCGCCUGCCUUGGGCUGAGCUCCGCCAUUUCUCGUUAGCCUGGGCUGAGGAGCGGCCCCGGCGCUGGGCCCGGCCCGGGCAGGAGGCCAAGGAAGCGCCGCUGCGCUGAAGCGCCGGGAGCUCGGGAUGCCCGGGAGCUGAGGGCGCUGCGAGCUGGGGAUGGAGGAGGAGGAGGAAAAGCCCUGGAGAUCUCACACAACGAGAGGCUGCAAACCCAGCCCAGGGAGCUGUGAGGAGGAAAGAUCCUCCCUCUGCCGGGAAGGUGGUCGGAGAUCCAGCCGGAGCUCAGAGCAGGGGGUGAAGCCCCACAAGUGUUUGGAAUGUGGGAAAGAUUUCAGCCACAGCUCCAGCCUGCUCCGGCACCAGGUGAUCCACACUAGGGAAAAGCUCUACGAGUGUGGGGAAUGUGGGAAGAGCUUCAGCCAGAGCUCCAACCUGAGGGCACACCAGGUGAUCCACAGUGGGGAAAGACCCUAUGAGUGUGGGAAAUGUGGGAAGAGCUUCAGAGAUACCUCUGACCUGAUGAAACACCAGGUGAUCCACACAGGGGAACGGCCCUACACCUGCUUGGAAUGUGGGAAGAGCUUUGGGUGGAGUUCCAAUCUGAGGAAACACCAGCGCAUCCACACCAGGGAGAGGCCCUACAAGUGUCCCAAGUGCGGGAAGAGUUUUCGGACCAGCUCCCAUGUCCUCCUACAUGAGCGGAUUCACACAGAGGAGAGGCCCUUCCGCUGCCCCGACUGCGGGAAGGGCUUCAAGCACAGUUCCCACCUCACCGUCCACCGGCGCAUCCACAGUGGGGAGAGGCCCUACGAGUGUCCCCAGUGUGGGAAGAGCUUCUCCAGGGGCUAUCACUUGACCCAACACCAACGGAGGCACCAGUAAGGGAAGCCCUGCGAGUGCCCCGAGUGCGGGAAGAGCUUCGUGCGCUGCUCCAGCUCCAUCCCCCAUGGGAGGAUCGGCGUUGGAUGAUCCCCAGUGACCCCGUUGGGCAGAGCCCUGGUGAUCCGUGCUCCUGGUGAUCCGUGUUGGGAAGACACCUGGCUGGGAGGCUCCACAUCUUCCUGGCUCCCUGUGGGCACCUGGAUGAACACCGGGGCAGGAACAUCCAUUGGGACACAGACCAACAAUGGGAAUUCAUUGUGGGGAGCAGAUUUGUUGACUUUCAAUCCCAGAAAAUCUUUUGCAUUCAAUCCUAU